AUGGCGGUCAUAUCGGAUAAUACGAGGAAACUGCAUCAACAACUGUUGUUGGUGGGUUUUUUGUAUUUUGAGCUGGAAUGGCUCGAUGCGUCGCGGUCGCGUUGCGGUUUCGAAUAGUUUUCCUUUCUUGAGCUUUUUUUCUCAUUUUUAUUCAUUUCGAGUCAAUGAUAAUAAUCCUUCUUUGAUUUGUAUCGUCAUCAUUGCACAGAGAAAAGCUUGAUGCUUACCAGGGAAUGGUUUUUGGACGCAAUGAGACUUCUGAAUGAAACCAACUUUUCUAGAUGUAGUUUUUCACUCUGAUAUAAAAUCUGGUCUCAAAAGUUGUCCAUUACGUCUGUGAAAAAAAGUUAUGGACCCUUAAAAGUUGAACUUCUCUUAUAUUUGGCGCUUUGAAAAAUCAUAUCUGCACUCCAAUUUUUUUUUUCAACUUUUAUGGGACCUUAACUUUUUUUACGGACGUAUUGGGAAAUUUUUGAGGCCACAUUUGAAAUCAGCGUGAAAAACUACAUCUAGAAAAGUUGAUCUCAUUCAGAAGUCUCACUGCUUCCCUGGCUAACGGUCUUUUGAACCGACCUAAAACGACUUGCGCUUCGUGGUUCCGGAAAGCGUGAUCAGACUGACUUCUUGAUCCAUUCCACAUGCUCUUUUAGACCCGAAAACCAGAUUCCAAGUUGAAAAUUUCUUUUUUUUUCUUCAGAAAACCUUGUUUCAACUCAAAUUUUAAGGUUAUCACAAUUCAAGCAUUUCUGCCAUGCUUCUUAAUAAUCGGCUUUUCGAUAUAUCUUCUGGAACAGUUCAGCAUCAUUAAGAGCGUUGCCACCGAAUUCCUAUCCAUGAUUUUCUUCGCGAUGCUCCCUUUGGCCAAUCCGAUCGUCGUUCUUCUCGGCGUCAAGCCCUACGCCUCGGCUGUUCGACGAAUAAUCGCCUUCGUCCUUCGGAAAAUGUUCAGAAUCAAACGUGAGUCCUCAUUCAUCCUUUCUUUCCAUUCGAGUUGCUCGUUUUAUUCAUUUUCCUUUUGUUUCCAGUCGGACCGAGGGAAAGUUCCGUCAAAGUCACCGUUGCUUCCGCCAGCUGA